AUGACUGAGGAUGUACCUGCACCCAGUGUAAAAGCUAGUGAUGUUGCUAAGGGAUUAGCUGGUGAUGAUGCUGAAGGAUCAGCUGGUGAUGAUGCUGAGGGAUUCCCAGGUGGGCCACGUGACCCAUCAGUGCUGACUUCGUUUGUUGACCAUGUUGCACAUAGCAUAUGGAAUGGAGAGACGUGGCACAAGGAGACUAGCAGCUUCCAUCUUCCAGUAGGAGAGCUGACCAUCACACUGGAUUAUGUGGUGUCACUGCUUCAUCUUCUGAUCAUAGGCGCCUUCCAUAGCUUUGAGCCUCUGCAUGUGGACAAGGUGAUCAUUAUGUUGGUGGAGUUGCUAGAAGUCUCGGGUGAGGAGGCUAGAGCUGAGACUGCACAGUGUCAUGGGGCAUAUUUAAAUGAUGCUUCUCAGAGCACUGGCCGACAGCUUGCUGGUUACAUUACUUUAUUACAGUGUUGGAUAUAUGAACACUUUCCCAGUGUUCAUGAGAGCAUGACUGAUGAUGGGUAUGAUGAGAUGUCACCACGUGCCUGCCGGUGGCUUACUAUGAAGGCUUAUAUGAAGGGAUUAACAACAUUGCCGUACCGGACACAUUUAGAUGCACUAACAAUCCCUGACCAUGAGGCAUACGUGGAGCCAGAUAUCCCAGAGGUCCCAGUGGCACCAGAAGCUGGACCGUCACAGGCAGCUGAUCCACCCAGACAUGCAGUGGAUGCUUGUGAAGAGAUCGCAUAA